AUGCAAAUGCAGAUAUGGCAGGGUCUCUCGACCCAUCCCCUGUGCAAUAAUGGCUCCCAUCUUCUACAGCGAGACGACGAUGCCAUGCUUAUGGGAUGUGCAAGCUCGUCCCGGUCCCAAUUCCGGGAGGGGGCGGAUGAUGAAGCAAAACAGUCGAGUGCUGCUUUGCCCCCUGGCGUGCGGGUUGACGGCACAUCCUUCAGGCCGUCUGGAGCUGGUGUGGAGACACCAGUGAAGCGAAGGGACUCCAAAGUCGGCUUGAUUCCAACCGCGAGCAUUGAGAUGAGUAGGGUCAAGAAAAGAUCACUGAGACGCGCGGUGAGGCGUGCUCAACGCACUCCAGGUGGUGGCGCAACCUAUCGUGGUCACAAGCUGAUACAUCGCCAGGCGUUUUCCCCUGCAUCAGCUGCUCCAGUGGCUGCUGUUGCACAGACUAUCCAGCGCAUAGACAUACUGUCGUGGAACUGCAGUGGAUUGACGCAGCUUCUGUUCGAGGAGCUCAAGUUGUACCUCAGAAAGCAUUCGGAAAUCAUGGUGGUUUGCAUUCAGGAAACUCACAGGGCUUUUCAAAAUGAGUGGGUUGCCGAGGGCUGGACGUUUAUCCAUAGUGCCUCCCCCAAAGCCCAUCAGGGAGGAGUGCUUCUUGGAUUCAGAAACGGGUCUUGUGAUCGCGACUCAUUGAGAUGGCAAGAGUUGAGUCCGGGACGGCUGCUACAUGCUCGCUGCUUCGCGAAGAAUCAGCACAUGGAUUUUAUAUGCAUCUAUCAGCACGCACUCCCCUUUGAGGCGGAGGCCUUGCAGGCAACACUCGACAAAAGGAGGAAGCUGUGGACCCAACUUGACGCUCUGCUCAAAGCCAUGCCGGUACGUUCAUCGAUUGUGAUAGCUGGUGAUCUCAACUCGAACCUGUGUACGUCCCCUCCAUGCAUUGGGCCCAGUGUUUUGCACAAUCAGGCUAAACCUAAAGUGUUACAAGAGCGUCAGUGGCUAACUGGUAUGCUUGCAGCGCAUCAGUUAGUUGCCCUGAACACUUGGUCGCGCAAGCAGCCCACGCACCGACAUCCGAGCGGAACAUCUCAGAUCGACUUUGUGCUAGUAAGGACCUCCCUUGCGGACCAGGAGGCUCGGAGGUGUCAACCCACAGACCCGCCGAUGGCGGGGUGGCGAUCCUCGGGUCAUCAGAUGCUUCGUGCCUCCAUACCUCUUCGGUGGCAGCCGUGGAGGUUGAAUCAGUGUCGCAGGCAGGGCAAUUGCAAGUACCAGGAGGGAGUGGGUUCUGACAUCUCACAAUUGCGAGGAUAUGUUGGUCAGUUUGAACAGCAGCCCAGUCAAGGUGUUCAGAAACCAGGCAUUGAGCGCAUGGAUGGUGAGAUCAUGAGUUUUUGGGAGGCGCGUAAACUUCUCGCUCGUCGGGAGGUCUUCACUCUUCGGGGCAUGUUUGCCAGGGUUCGGAUUCUACUGGCGCUACGAAGGCGGCAUAAGGAAUUGCAGGCGGUGGCGAGGGCACGCAAACGCCAGCAACUUCUGGCCACACUGGACCUUGCAGAGCAAGCCGCGAGCAAGGGCAGCAGUAGAGACCUGUAUCAGUGCGUACGCUGGCUAGCUCCCAGGAACCUAAGGAGGUCCAUCAGAUUGCGAUCCUCGGAGGGCGGCUUGAUGCAUCCUCGUGAAGAGUGCAAGCUCUUAGCUGAGUACGCCACAACGCUGUUUAAAGCCAAACGGGAUUGUGACAAACUACAAGUGGCUCUUCAAGCGCUGGAUCCGCAGAUGUUUUCCCCUGCUGCCUGGAUACGUGCACUCAAAAGCCUCAAGACUGGCAAAGCAGUCCCGGCCCAGGAGCCCUCCAUUAAGUGUUGGCAAGAUUGUCGCGCAGAGGUUGCUGUGCAGUUAAGUCACAUUGCGACGAAGGCUCUAUGCGGGGAUCAUCCUUCGGUUCCUGCCGACUGGACCGACAUGCAGAUGGCGUGGCUCGCGAAGGCCGGCAAAUCACCUUCAACACCCGAGAACCUGCGGACGAUCGGGCUUAUGCCCGCGGACACAAAGGCAUUCCUGAUUGUGCUUAGGAAUGAGGCGGCCCCAUACAUUACAGCAGCUUUGAAGCCGUUCCCCCAGUACGCUUACAGACCCGGGGCCUCCACUGCGGACGCCCUACUUAGGGCUUCUGCGCACUGCCAUGAAGUUCGAGAGCUCCUGCACAGGCAUCGUGGUGAUCAUACAUCCAGAGUUCUGGGCACCGACGAGGUACCGCUGGUUGGGGGUCUAAUGUGUGGGUUAGAUCUUCAAAAAGCUUUCGAUGCCCUCCCACACACUGAGAUUCACCGAGCAUUGCUGGAUUCUGGUGUUCCAGGGGCUUUGGCGGGGGUUAUUGCGCAGGUUCAUGUCCAGACAAGGUGCAAGGUGCGGCACGGAGGGGAAGAGAGAAUGCUGGUAAUGACACGGGGUUUGCGGCAGGGCUGUCCCAUCGCACCGAUCGUGUAUGCCGCAUGGACUUGUCGGCUAGGACGGUUGAUGGAUCAGGCGUUAGGCGAUGGCUGGUCACGGAAACAUGGCACACUCUUUGCUGAUGACAUAUUUACGCAUUGGGUGCUACGCUCUCCGGAUGACCUGAAGCAUGCCAUUCAAGCUCUUUGGACGUUGAUUGACAUUCUGCAAAGGCUUGGCAUGGCAAUCAGUUUUCAGAAAACAGUAGCAGUCCUCAAGCUGCGUGGUAGACUUGCCUCCAAGCUCUCGAAGUCACUACUUGUCUGGAAACAAGGUGCUCAGUAUCUCCGUAUUCGUUGCGAUCAUCAGGAUGUGCACAUACCCCUUCAAACCACCAUCGAGUACUUGGGUGCUACCCUGUCAUAUGGGAAUUUCGAGCAGCAGACUCUUCAAACUCGAGCGGCACAGACGACUCGGCGCUUUCAGGAGCUUCGGCGUGUUCUGCGCACCAAUGGUGCUUUGACGCUUCGACAUCGUCUUCGGCUUUACAAGGCAGUCAUAUGGCCCAUCCUGACGUAUGCACUUACCAGUGUUGGGGUCACGAAUGAGGUGCUCAAAGGGGUCUGCUCGCUUAUGUCUGGUCACUUGCGCAAGGUUCUCCGCAUCUAUGAGGAGGGCAUCAGCAACCAGGCAGUGAUGACCCGCGCCGGCAUUGCUCCUCUGCUUUUCUUUCGUGGUCAGGUGGCAUCUCGAUGCGACAGCAUAAGCAAGGAUGCCGGUCGUGAUGAGGCGCUGAAGGCUCUGGAGAAGCAUCGUUCAAUUGCUAUUCUGCAGCACUUACAGGAGCUUGAGAUCACGCCUGCCUCCACCACGUUGUGUAGAGUUGCUCGGAGUGAAAUUGUGCCUGUAGACUGUCCGGUGUGUGGGAUUGCUUUCCCUUCUCAGGCGAGCCUUCAAAUGCACAUCCAACAUCAGCAUGUUUCCGUAAACAGGCAGGCCCGACUUGAGUUCAGACGCGACCAACAUGCACUUCACGGACUGCCAAUCUGUAGAUUCUGCCAGACGCGGCUGCAUGACUGGCGCUCCCUUGAGAAGCACAUCACUGAAGGUACGUGUCCCAGAGUCAAAACCUUUGUAGCUCAGAGCCUCUCGGAAGAGCGCAUGCUGCAGCUCAUUGCGGAGGAAGAGGAGCGAUCACCUCCUGUACCACCGGCUGGUGCCCCCUCUGACGCUCAGGUCGUUGACGAGGUCGACACUGCUUUGCAGAUGACGGUGACCGAGCUGCGCACUCAUGGAUCUCGGCUACGGGUGCUUGCCAGUAGAUGUGCGCUUUGCAGGCAGCUCAUACCGGACGGCUCGAAGAUCAAGAUACACUGGCAGCGAACCCAUGCGACGGAAUGGCAAGCAGUCUCGCAGAAAGCCAUUGCCGAAUCAAGGAGCCUGAGCGCGACUUUCACCACUCCGUGCAGCUACUGUGGUAGUACAGCGCGCAACAGCCUCGAUCAUUCCAGCAAGUGCUCUGCCCUCUUUCAGUUCUUGUCGGUUCUUCAGUUACGUCGGCAAGGUCACACAGAGGUUCGUCCCAGUCGUGGUGCCUCCCUUAAGCAAUCUCAGUGCACUCCGGAGUACCAGAAGUUUGACGUUGUAUGCACUCCCAUCGGCAAGUUCUUUGCGGUGAAAGCUGCAGGUGCAGAGGCCAUGUCCAAGGCCGGUACAGGUAGGCCCCUCACGUUGUCCUCGCAAUUGGUGAUCCGGUCCUUGGUGCGUGACUGGACUUUCGAUCGUAGGCAACAUGAUGCGGCGGAGUUUACGCACAAGCUCCUGCGUGGCCUUGGUCUCGGCGCUCAUGUGUGGGACGCUAGAUUCGAGGAUCUUGAGGGCGUGCACACUCCACUUUCAGGAGGGAGCCCGAUAACGAUGUGCAUACCGCACGAGGACUGUGACCUGCAGACUGUAGUCAACCAGUGGAGCCAGCAGGGGUUUGCCCAUGCGUUGAUACGACAUGACAUUGGUGUGGCCCUGCAACUUGCAAGGAACAGUGAAGCCGUCAAGAAUGAGGCCAGGAUCUCAAUUGGUGCGCUUAUCAUGAUGCCCUGCUUUGCUCGCCGGGCCGAGAUCGUCUGGCGGGCUUUUCAGGUCCGCUCUAUUGUGGAACAUCAUGGUCCCGCAGUCACGGAGGGCCACUAUCGUCAUUCGGCUUCAGUGUGGAUGUGGGGUGACUCCGUGGAUUCUCACAUGGAAGGGUCGGAGGAGUGGUCGUUUUUCAGCCAGUACAUGCCGGCUGGGGUGAAGCUCUCCUCGCCACCCUCGGAUGUGUCUACUGCUGCUGAUGAGCGUGAGCCGAAAUCGGCACGCCUUGGUCUUGCCAAGGGUGGCACUCAGCAGGGCAAAGGUGCCAAUGGCGGGAAUCAGCACCGGGAGAAGUCUCGGGUUCACAGCAGGGCCGAUGAGGAUGAGAACAGCGAGGUCCACAAGGAAGUCAAGGCGAUUCGGGAAGCCCUGGAGAUGGUUCAGAAGCUGGUCCUUCGACACGAGGACGCGGUCAAUCUGUUGAGGCCAAUGAGGACCUCUUUGCUUGUGUGCUUCUUGGCCGAGCUGAAGUCCAGACUCGUGGCCCUUGAGCAGAACGAGGACGAUCUCAACAGGCUUGCGGAGUUGGGAUGGCUGGUGCUUGAACACUUGGCGAUCCUUCUGAAGCAUGUUGUCAACUCCAACAGCCUCACACGUUUUCAUCCCACCAGACCGCUGUCGGAAGAAAUGCGGGGUGAUACACUGGUGUUCCUGGUUCAAGUGGGACUUCAGGGAGAGUCGGCCGAGUUCAUGCGUAGUAGUCUGAAGGCGCUAUGCUACAGCGCAUCCCUGCAGCUGGUAGCCACGCAGCUCGGGGAAGAUCGGCAGAGCCGCUCCAACCUCGCGAACAUGGUCGCCGCUGCACUCCCAGGGGGCAACUGA